AUGUACUACGCAAUCCAGAAGUGCCUUCGAAGCGAAGAAGGAACAAAGGAAGAAGAGGGGCGAUUUUUUUGUACCGAACCCAAUAAACUCGCACAAACUCUUGCCGCCGCCGUCCCUCUCUCAGCUCCGCCGGGCCGCCAGGAGGCGCCGGGCCGGGCCCGCGCCCAUCUUGUCGCCGCCAUCGUCAGCGCCUCCUCCCGCUCGGGCCGCCCCUUCCGCCGCCGCCAUCGCCGGGACGCCAGGCACAGCAGCGCCAUGUCGUCCCACAAGACGUUCAAGAUCAAGCGCUUCCUCGCGAAGAAGCAGAAGCAAAACCGGCCCAUCCCGCAGUGGAUCCGCAUGAAAACAGGCAAUAAGAUCAGGUACAACUCCAAAAGGAGACACUGGAGAAGGACCAAACUGGGCUUGUAAGAGAGACUGUCUCCUGGGAACUCUAAUAACACUUGUCUUUCUGCGUCAGAUUGAUCCACCCCCACACACUGCUGGCCAUCCCCUCAGUCAUUCCUUCUGUAGUGUUGGACUGCCCAGUUGUUUUUGUAUGAACUGGUUUGGGUUAGUGAUUGGAAUGGGAAUAAUCUUGAGGUGGUUGCCAUCUGAAACAUGAAGACCGUGUUCUAUUAGUGUUCUUUCUUUCAGGCAUCCUAAGUGUUGACAGUGUAUGAGCUUGUUAAUAAACAUGGACCUGAAUGACC